GUGUUUUGAAAGCAUGUUUUUAAGCGCGCCGGUUUGUUAAUUUAAGAAUUUGUAGAAGUGUUUCACCAUGAAAUUCGCAUAUAAGUUUAGCAACCUGAUGGGCGCGGUGUUCCGUCGGGGAAAUCUGCUUUUCACACCGGACGGGUACUCCGUGGUCAGCCCGGUCGGCAACCGGAUCACGAUCUUCGAUUUGAAAAACAACAAAUCGUCCACGCUGGAUGUCGAGAGUUCGUACAACUACACGGCGAUCGCUCUUUCGCCGAACGGUUGCCUGCUGGUGGCCGUGAAUGAAAUCGGAGAAGCGCAAAUGAUCAGCAUGAUUUCACGGACCACCAUCCAUCGGUACAAGUUCCGGAGUGAUGUCAAGUGUGUACUUUUCAGCCCGGAUGGCAAGUAUUUUGCGGCCUGCGUUGAAACGGCCGUGCUGGUGUUCCGUACACCCGGUGAAGCUUCCGGUACGUACGGUUCGUUCGUGGUGGCCCGUGCGAUCGAGGUGGCGUACGAUGAUACAGUGUCCCUUGAUUGGGCCGCCAACUCGAAGCUGUUGGCAAUCGGAUCGAAGGAUAACACCGUUCGGUUACACAACGUCGAGUGGCUGGAAACCUUUCGUCCGUUCGUACUCGGUGGACACCGUGACGCGAUCGUCGGGUGCUUCUUCGAGGAUAAAACGCUCGACUUGAACACGAUCAGUCGCGAUGGCCAGCUGAUGCUGUGGGAAUGCGGUAUGGACAUUGACGAGCUGGAGAAGACACGUGCCCAGAUCGAAGGAGAAGAAGGCGAGCAGGAAAACGCUCCUCCGCGUGAGAAACGAAAACGAAAUCCCGAUGGUGAGGAUGAAGAACAGCAGGAGAAACUUUCGGCUGAAAAGGAUCUAGAAAAGGACGGUGCAACGGGUAGUGGCAAUGACUUGCGGAUGGAACAAUUGCGUGAUGCGGGCAUGGCAAAGGAAGGCGAAGAACGAGACGAACAGGGCAAGCUGAUUGUGCAGCAGAAGCGACAUCCGUUCUACUACAAACGUCUUGCACGCCACUUUCUGGGCAACGAGCCACGGAAAGAGAACCGGAAUGCGGUCGUUUCGUCCGUCGCGUACCACAACCAGCUGCGCAUUCUUGUGAUGGCCUUCUCUACCGGAGCGUUCUACUUGUACGAGCUACCGGAUGCGAACAUGAUUCACUCGUUGUCCAUCUCCGAGAUGAGCAUCGCAUCGGUUACGUUCAAUAAUACUGGCGAUUGGUUAGCGCUUGGUGUGUCCGAGCUCGGACAGUUGCUCGUCUGGGAGUGGCAAAGUGAACAGUACAUUAUGAAGCAGCAGGAACAUGCGCAGGGCAUGAACAGUGUGGCGUACUCACCGGAUGGCCACCAGGUGGUGACCGCUGGGCAGGACGGAAAGGUUAAGCUGUGGAACAUUGCGAAUGGGUUCUGCAUCGUAACGUUCACCGAGCACACGUCGGCCGUCAUGGCGGUUGAGUUUUGUCGCAACAAAAAAUUCCUCGUCAGCGCCUCCUUGGAUGGUACGGUUCGAGCGUACGAUGUGGUGCGGUAUCGUAACUUCCGUACCUUCACCUCACCCGAACCAGCGCAGUUUGCCUCGGUAGCGGUCGACUAUUCCGGUGAGCUCGUUGCAGCUGGUGGUCAGGAUUCGUUCGAGAUAUACCUCUGGUCGAUGAAGCUGGGCCGACUGUUGGAGGUUCUGAGUGGCCACGAAGGUCCCGUCGUAUCGUUGGCGUUUGCACCGGUCGCUUCCUCUUCGGCGAUGGUUUCCGGUUCCUGGGACCAGACGAUCCGCAUCUGGGAUUGUCUCGAGAGUUCGGGAGCACAUGAAACGGUUCCCCUGGGUUCGGAUGUGGUUUGUGUUGCGUUCAAACCGGACGGUGAAGAGGUAGCGGUCUCUACGCUCAACGGUAACAUUACCGUGUUCCACGUAAAAACAGCGGCACAGCUUGCUUCGAUUGAGGGAAGAAACGAUAUGGAAGGAAGCGUAUCGCAGACCGAUCUGAACACAGCCAAGAAGAACCUACUUGGACGGGCCUUCAUGUCGAUUUGCUAUUCGGCUGAUGGUGAGUGCUUGCUGGCUGGCGGUAAAUCCAAAUACGUCUGCAUCUACAAUGUCAAGGAAGCGAUUUUGCUGAAAAAGUUCCAAAUAACCCAGAAUCGUAGUCUGGAUGGAAUGGAUGAAUACAUGAAUCGUCGCAAUCUGACCGAGUUUGGUAACAUGGCCUUACUGGAGGAGCGUGAAGAACUCGAGGGUGGCAAUGUGGCCAUCCGGCUGCCGGGAGUGAAGACUGUAGAUUCGGCGGCACGUAACGUUAAACCGGAAGUUAAUGUGAAAGGGGUACGUUUCUCACCCUCCGGGCAAUCGUGGACAGCCGUCUCGACAGAAGGUUUGCUCGUAUAUGCCCUACACAAAGGCAUCGUGUUCGAUCCCUUUCAACUGUCGACCGAAGUGACACCGAAGGCGGCCCGUGCUUUGCUACAUGACGAACGGAACUAUGCCGGGGCUCUGAUUAUGGCACUGAAGCUCAACGAAUCAACUUUGCUUCAGGAAGUCGUUGAAAACGUUCCGUACCGCGAUAUUGAGCUAGUGAUCGGAUCCCUCCCAGAUGAGUUUGCUCUCCGGACGCUGCAGUUUAUUGCAAAGUUGCUCGGCAACACACAGCACAUUGAGUUCUAUCUACGCUGGGCUAAUCUACUGCUGACGCGGCUUGGUCAGGUUGAGUCGCUGCUGGAUUCACAAACGCUCGUUACGUUACAUCAGAACCUCAACCGGAAAUACGAGCAACUCAACAAAAUCUGCGAUUUCAACAAGUACACUCUGCAAGUGCUAAAGAACUUAUCGCUUUCUGGUUCGAAGCCUAGGCAGGGUGGGUUGGUCGCUAAAGAAAUUAGCAACGGCAAUGACGGUGGUGACGACGCUGCUUCUUCGGAGGACGAGUUUGAGCUGAUGCUAAUGAACGAAAGAGGCAUCAAUCGUCAUAAAAGUGGAACGGGAUCUUCAACCGAUGAGGAAGAAACCGAUGCGAGUGGCGAGGAUCAAGAAGCCAUGGACGAGGAUGAUGAGGAGUGACGAGAAGCACAAUAAAAACCUAAGGUUGGUGGAUGUCGAAAAUCAAUAGAGCGUGAGUGGGCUUUUCGAUUAUUUUACAGUUUUAUUUAAACUUUGUGUUACCGAAUCCGUAUCUCACCGUCUGUUACGUUACUUCGUGUGGCCGUUUGUUAAACGAUUUUGGGAUGGUUACUUGGGUAGAGCAGAAGACGAACCUUCGGCAACGUGGUUUUGAACAAAAGAAAAAUAGAAUAAUCUGCGCAACACAG